AGUGUCUUUCAGGCCAAGCCGCGCCGAUGAUGGCAGACGAGCCGAGUCGUGGCCCGCGCAGCAGCAUCAGCCUCCUCCAACCGCCCAAGGCGAAGCGAGUGGCCAUGGCCGAGAUGCCAUCGGCAACGGCCGAGCACUCGACGGCCCGCCAGCAAUCUCUCGCCCAGCGCGACGCACUCACGAGGUACUUUAACGCAGCGCGUGCGCUGUACGUCCAAGGCCACGUCGACCAUGUGUGGACAUCGCUGGAGAACCCGUACGGCUUUGCGUCCUUCAACACAUCGGACGCCCUUCGGCAACUCGUGUCGCCGCUUCGGCCUGGCCAUGUCCUUGACGACUGGACGCCGAGCGAGAUCUACCUCUUCGAAGUCGGCAUGCGCCAGUUUGGCAAGCAGUUCCAUCUCAUCCAGCAACUGAUUCCCGAGAAAUGCACGCGGAGUGUCAUUGCGUUCUACUACCUCUGGAAAAAGGCCGGUCUCGCCAAGACCGUGUGGAUGAAGACCGCGCCAACCAAAGACCCGUUCGGGAUGAAGCUCAUGAAGCUCGAGCGUCAAAAGCACGGCAUCGUACCGACAGCAUACGACCUCCUCAGCGACGGCGACGACGACACGGUCCUUGCCGUCAAGCGCCAGUCGUUGCAACAGGCCACCAAGAAGCGCCGGAUCGAUGCGGUCGUCGCGCCGCCGAUCGUCGCCACCGCGAGCGUCGCGCAGAUGCAAGACGUCCGUGGCGUCGUCACCGAGUACUUUGAUGCUGUACGCAGCUUGUACACGCCGGCGCCCAUCGAUACGCGCGCCCUCGAAGCGUCGCUCAAGCAGUGGGGGCUGGACGGGACCACGCUCUUGCGACCGACCAUCGCGCUCCUCUCCAGUCUUCGCCCCGUCCACGUUCUCGACGCAUGGACGCCCAAGGAGCUGAGCAUCUUUGAGAUCGGUCUCGAGCUCUACGGCAAGCAUUUCCAUUAUGUUGCACAGCUCCUGCCGCGCAAGUCGACGUCCGACGUCAUUGCGCUCUACUACAUCUGGAAAGCGGCCAACCCGUGGUACGCCAGCUGGAAGCGCAAGCGGCCACAGCCAUAA